GCACUUUUACUCUUUCCAACCUUGGUAUGUUUGGUGUGGACCGCUUUGAUGCCAUCUUGCCUCCAGGAACUGGUGCAAUAAUGGCUGUUGGAGCAUCUCAGCCCACUGUCGUUGCCACCAAGGAUGGUCGGAUUGGCAUGAAAAACCAGAUGCAGGUAAAUGUUACUGCAGAUCAUCGUGUCAUAUAUGGUGCGGAUCUGGCUUCAUUCUUGCAAACCCUAGCUAAGAUAAUUGAGGAUCCUAAAGAUCUUACCCUAUAGGAUCGUACUAUGUGGUCUGAGAUUAUUUCCUUGUAGUGUGUUCCUCCACUUCUACUCUUCAAUUAUCAUCCUUGAUCUCGGUGGGGUAAGUUUGUUGAGAAAUUUGAGACCUAAUCACUAUCUUCUCAAUCAAGGUUCCGAGGGACAACAGGCGCAGAAUUUUGAAAAGCAAUUGUAUUGGCAUGUUUCCCAUUUCAUAAUCUUUUGUUGAGUUUCAAUUUAUAAUGUCCUUUCAAAAACCAAAUCCACCAUCUUUCAAUUAUUUAUGUCACUAUUUUGUUUGUUUGUUUGUUUGUUUUUUUGUUGGGCGAAUAUGUCACUAGUUUGUUGAGGAUUGAUAUAUGUUCAUGGAGAUUUUUCGCAACAAAGUUCAUUCAAGUA